AUGCCUCCAAUCCGGGUUGCUAUUGUAGGUGCUGGACCUACCGGUCUGACUCUCGUUCGACUGCUACUCAAUAAGCCAAAUCUCGAAAUCACUGUCUUUGAAUCAGAGAAAUCCAGAAAUAUUCGUCCCCAGGGCGGAACUCUAGAUCUCCACCCUGACACCGGUCUUGCAGCCUUGAAAGAAGCAGGCUUAUGGGAUGAGUUUCUCAAGAAUGUUCGUUAUGACGGAGAAGCCUUAACUGUAUGCGACAAAAGGCUUCAUAAAUAUGUCCGUCUCAGCGGUACAGAAGAAGGCUCUUCUCGUGGUCGUCCUGAAAUCGACCGUAAAGCCCUUCGAGAGAUACUCUUGGACUCUGUGCCGGCGGGGAUAAUCCGUUGGGGCUGUCAUCUGCGUGGAAUCGACCAGGGGCACAACUUGAUCUUCGACCACGGCAUUGAAUCUGGAUUCGACUUGAUAGUCGGCGCCGAUGGAGCUUGGAGCAAAGUUCGAAAGCUGCUAUCGGAUCAAAAGCCACUCUACUCUGGCCUUGGAGGUUACAUGAUGACUAUUCCCAACGCCAAAGAAACAGCGCCAGAGUGUUACGAGUUAACCAAUCGCGGCUCGAUGUUUUCUUUUUCCGAUGGCCGGUCAAUCUGCUGUCAGCAAAUUGGAGACGGAAGCUUAUAUCUCUUAUGUAUCUCUCAAGUUUCUGAGGAUUGGAGAGAAAAGCUUACGCAUGACCCUCAUGACGCUGAAGCUGUGAGAGCGUCGCUGAAGACUGUGUUUAACGACUGGCAUCCAGGACUACAACAGCUUAUAGAGUCAGCACAGGAUCCUGUGCCGCAUUCUCUGUACAUGCUUCCCGUUGGUUGGCGCUGGGAAAACCGCCCUGGUGUAACUUUGAUCGGAGAUGCAGCCCAUAUCAUGACUCCAUUUGCUGGCGAGGGUGUCAAUUUAGGGAUGCAAGAUGCAGCGAUGCUAUCUCGGGUGAUUCUCAAGGCGACAAACUCGCCUGAUCCCACUACCCAGUUAGCCGUGGAGGUUAAAGCAUUCGAAGCAGAUCUCUUUGUUCGUGCAGAGCGGACAGCAUUCCUAACGAAGGACAUGAUGAACUAUAUGAUGUUCACGGAUGGUUCACCACGGACUAUCGUUGACAAAUUCAUCCUGCGAAUGUUGACUUUCCACGACAAAACUCUGCUUGAUUAUUUGAGAUACCCAUUUUUAGCAGCUUUGCUGAAAAGCUACUUCUUUUUGCACAAUUUAUGGUAUCCAUAG